AUGGCACCCGGCGCAGAAAUCGAAGCCUUGACUGCUCCCCGAAAGAAUGAGGACCAACCUACCUUGUACAACGACGUGAACCAAGAUGAGCUCCAAACCAAAAGCUCCAAGUACCUUCUCAACUAUGGAACUAAGUUCAACAAAGACGUGAUUUGCGCCAGCAGAGGCCUUUUCGUGUACACAGCCUCCGGCCACAAAGUUCUCGACUUCACAUCUGGGCAAAUGUCCUGCCUCCUCGGCCAUGGACACCCGGAAAUUGUCAAGACAAUCGCAGACCAUGCGGCAUCGCUAGACCACCUCUUCUCCGGCAUGGUCUCACCACCUGUGAUCAACCUGGGGGAACGACUUUGCAACCUCCUCCCAGCCGGCCUGGACAAGGCGUUCUUUUUGUCCACCGGGGGUGAGAGUAACGAGGCUGCCAUCAAAAUGGCCAAGGUUUACACAGGCAAGUUCGAAAUUGUCGGGUUAGGCGCUAGCUGGCACGGAGUAACAGCGCAAGCACUCGGCGCCCAGUACCACUUCGGUCGCAAGGGCCAAGGUCCUUUGAUGCCGGGCAUGCUGAUGCUCCCACCACCAAAUGCCUACCGAUCUAUCUUCCGUCACUCCGAUGGAUCCUACGACUGGCGAGCGGAGAUGGAGUACGGCUGGCGAAUGAUCGACAUGCAAUCAUGCGGCUCCCUGGCAGCGUGCAUCGUGGAAUGCAUACAAUCAAGUGGCGGAAUGCAUGUUCUUCCGGCAGGAUAUCUGGCGGCCCUGAAGCACGAGUGCGAAAAGCGUGGAAUGCUUCUGAUUGUCGACGAAGCCCAAACGGGGGUCGGUCGCUGUGGAGACCUCAUGGCCAUCAACCACGAGGACGUCGUCCCGGACAUCCUCACUUUGAGCAAAACACUGGGCAAUGGAUUACCGCUUAGUGCGGUGAUUACGAACGAGGAGAUUGAGCGCGUAUGCGCGCAACGGGACUAUUGUUUUUACACGACCCAUGUCAAUGAUCCACUUCCCGCAGCGGUGGGUGACAAAGUGCUCGAGAUUGUGAUUCGCGACGGACUGGUCGCGCAUUCGCAUGCGAUGGGACAAAUCCUGCAUGACAAGCUCCAUGCCCUGAAAGAAAAAUACGGCUGCAUUGGCGAUGUACGUGGCCGUGGCCUUAUGGCAGGCAUUGAGAUAGUGGAGGAUCGCGAAAGCAAAAUCCCCGCUUUGGCACUGGGCCAGGCGAUUGGGGAUCGGGCCUAUGAAUUAGGCUUGUGGGCUAAUCUGAGUAGCCAUCCCAGCUUUGGGGGUGCUUUUCGCAUAGCCCCGCCCAUCACUAUCACUGAGCAGGAGUUGUUAUGUGGCUUGGAAAUAUUGGAAGAGGCGUUUGCAACAACGACAGGCACUUUGCCUGUGCACGUGUGA